AUGUCCCUUUUUGGUGGCUUUACACCAAGAGCUCAGGCUGUGGAAAAUGUUAGCACUUCUGCAGCAUUUGAAGACGUGAACUUCCCGAGCUUUUCAUUUCGAGCGCUUUUGAACAAAGAUGAGAUUGGACGCGGAGGGUUUUCCUCCGUUUUUACAGCGGAAUUACCACAAAGUAGAGAAAAGGUCGCUGUGAAAAAGUUUUUAGGAAGUGAUCAAAUAGACGCAAAAAUCUUACUGAAAGAGGCAAAACUUUUAAACAGUUUACGACAUCCAAACAUCGUAGGAUUUAAAGGUAUCUAUAAGGAUAAUUACGCAUUACUUCUAGAGUUUGUCCAGUUCGAUUUCAAGCCUUUUGGGAUAGACCUGCAGGUGAGUUCUCUUGCGGAACUACUGUGUCAUUUUGACAAAUCCGACUGUAAACACGUUUCGGAAAAAGUGUUUAAUCGGGCUGUGGAAGAUGUGGCACUUGGAGUCCAAUACCUUCACGUCAAAGGACUUGCCCACCGAGAUUUAAAGCCGGCAAAUGUUCUUGUCUCGAACCAACAUUACAGUGGCAUGACAGACCAAAAUGAUAUCGAAGGAGAAAGUUUAACAUCACCUCUAGUGUGCAAGUUAACCGACUUUGGGAAUAUCAAGAGCGCUGUUGUGUGUUUAGAAAAGAUGAUGGAGUGUCGUUCAAAACCGAUACCACAAGAGAAGUAUAGCAGGAAGCAAAGCGAAGAAUGGAAAGAAUUGCUCGAAAUUUAUAAGUCGUGUACUGUUUUUGAGCAAACGGAUAGGCCCAAUAUCGAGGACAUUGUUCAAAGGUUACAUUUACGAAAGUCACCAUUAAAUGCUAAAAGAAGUUCUGAAGAUGCCUCAGGCUCAGACGGUGAAAUACAUCUUAAG